AUGGCGUGCCGUGCGUUGCUGCGCCUCAACUCCAAUGCCGCCCGGAGUUUGACUACUCGAACACAUGUUAUUGGUCAAAAUAGAGCUUUUACAUCUGUAUCAGCCACCCGACUCUUGCGCAACACGCAACCACUAUCAUGCAACAUACGACAACGAGCGGCUUCGACGACUGCUGAGGAAUUCGACAUAGACGCGGAAGUUCCUCCCGCUAAACCUCAAGAAAGUACCCCUGUCGACCCUUUUGGAGACUCGAAUCCCCUCCCAACUGCAAGUGACGAGUCUGGGACUGACUGGUCGCGCAGCUUUCAAGGACUCUCAGCUUCUCCGUUCCCAAAGGAAAUUUCCGAUAUCUUGUUGGCCCCUAUUGAUCCCGCCGACAUUGAGAUAAAACCUGGUCAGGCUCAGAUUAAAUAUCGACGCAUUCUUAACCGAGCCUUUGGGCCUGGUGGAUGGGGUUUAGCCCCUCGAGGAGGAACAAAUGCUAGUGCAAAAGUCGUGAGCCGUGAAUAUGCACUGGUGUGUCUCGGAAGACUUGUUGCAGUCGCCCGUGGCGAGCAGGAGUACUUUGACCCAUCCGGCGUUGCCACUGCAUCAGAAUCAUGCAAGAGCAAUGCUCUAAUGCGCUGUUGCAAGGACUUGGGAAUCGCAAGGACCCUCGCUUUAUCCGUGAAUUCAAAGCUAAGUACUGUGUGGAGGUUUUCGUUGAGCAUGUCACGACCAAGAGAAAACGGAAGCUCUGGAGACCUUGGCACCUGUCACAUGUCUUACCAAGUGGCAUUACUUACUGGUUGCGUUAAAUCACCUCUUCUUGAUGUGUUUGUUCUUCUCAUGACUGAAACUAAACACAAGUCAGCGAUACCGCGUCCGCCGAUGCCACACAAGACAAAAGUGGCCCUCAUUUAUCUCAAGCCCUAUGAUAAGGAUGCCAUCGCAAGUGCCAUACUCGAUUGGACUGGAAAGGGUGACAUCGAUCUCAUCUUGACCACUGGUGGAACGGGGUUCGGACAGCGCGAUGUCACUCCCGAGUUGAUCUUGUCUACAUCCCCUCGUGCGGUACUCUCAAGGCCAGUCAGUGGCGUGAGGGGAAAGACGCUCAUAAUCACACUACCUGGUAGCCUCAAAGCAGUCAAGGAGUGUUUGGGUGCCUUGACACAAGGUGAUACUCUCGAUCAUGCAUUGAGCCUACUUCGAGGGGCAAACAGCAGAGCCCUUCAUGAACAGUCACAACAUGCAGGCGAAGGAACUUUAUCUACACAUCUGCCGCGCGAACUUCACUCAGGUUGUGGGCAUGAUCAUGGUCCUAAGGCCAGAACGCAAGAUGACCAUGACAAAUCUUCAGCCUUAGAUCUCAUCGCCACCCAUCUGUCCCCGCUUCCACCUGUGCUCAGCAAGGUCGAAUCGUCUCUACGAGGAACAGUUAUAGCAGAACCAAUUCAUGGUGAUAAGAAUAUACCUAUACUUGCUUCGUCGAAUGUGGAUGGUUAUGCACUUCAAGGUUCGUACUCUACAUUCUCUAUCAUAUUGGUAUUGAUGCGUGGAUCAGCCUCUCAAGUAGCAGGAAUGUACAAUGUCCUUCAUGCGGGAAGCCAUGAUAUAGACAAGCCUUUACCAGAAGGUUAUAUAUACCGUAUCAAUACUGGUGCACCUCUACCAACGGGGACAAAUGCAGUCAUCAUGGUGGAAGAUACCCGCCUAGUAUCAAAGGUAGGACCCGAUGAAAGGGAUGACAAUGAAGCAGACGAAGAGAGGCAAGUUGAGACGAUGGCUACAAUUGAUCCAGGAGAAAAUGUUCGACAAGCAGGCUCUGAUUUGCGUAAAGGGGAGAAGAUUUUUGAAAAGGGGGAUAUCAUUGGUAAUACUGGAGGUGAUAUCGGAGCGCUCGCAUUUGUUGGGCAAAGAGAGAUUCUAGUUGUGAAGAAGCCUACAGUCGCCAUACUGAGUACAGGAAAUGAACUUUUGGACCUGCAUGCGCAAAGCAAUGACGAAGGCGCGAAAUGGUCCGGCUGGGACACAAACCGUCCUACCCUAAAGGGUGUCCUGGAAGCCAUGGGCUAUUCGGUCAUUGACCUUGGUAUCAUAAAAGAUAGUAUGGCCGCACAUGAGCAAGCUUUGAAGAAAGGGCUGGAGAAUGCCGACAUUAUAUUGACUACUGGGGGCAGCUCUAUGGGCACAACAGAUGUCCUGAAACCUGUCAUUGAACAGAGAUUAAAAGGAAAGAUCGUCUUUGGAAGAGUCAAAGUCAAACCAGGAAAGCCCACUGUGUUUGCCCAGUUACCACACGAAAAGGAUUCAUGGAAACCGUUGUUUGGUCUACCAGGCAACCCUGCAUCUGCUUUAGUCACGCAAAACAAAGCCUUUUUACAGCGUGUUAAAGUCAAGUUGGCCGAUACUAUGCUGCUUGAUCCUCGUCCUGAGUUCCAUCGAGUGCGAAUACAAGUGGACUCUCAAGGUAUGCUUGUUGCAUAUUCAACUGGAGGCCAAAGGUCAAGUCGUGCGACAAGUCUCAACGGUGCCAAUGGUCUCGUGGCUAUUCCUGCAAAAGAGGAGGGCGGUCCUGAGCGAAUUGCAGCAGGAGAAAUGGCAGAUGCUCUUUUAAUCGAUUUCUAG